AUGAGAAUUCUGAAUGGAAGAACUCUUGGUGACUUGUUUGGUAAACCCACUUCCCAUCACAAAAAUGGAACUAGUGUAGUUGACUAUAUAAUCUGUGACCAAGAGCUUACACAAACCAUCGAAAACUUUAUUGUCAAACCACCAACCUACUUAUCUGACCACAGUCAAAUUGUGACGUGGAUCAGAACAAAGCAACAUAUUAACUCAACUAGCAACAUAACUCCGACACCCAUAUCUACUACUCAUAAACUCCCUUAUCAAUUUACAUGGGAAAAUAAUUCGCCGAUCUCAUUCACUGAAGCUUUAAAAUCAGUCGAAAUCCAACAAAAACUGGAAAGUUUAAUCAACUAUGACACUCCCCUCACAAAGGAAGGAGUUAACACAUUCGCUUCCAGAAUGGAAGAUAUUAUUUUGCAUGCCGGAAAGAGUUCCCUCCAAAUAAAAAAGACCAAAUUCAGAAACAAAAUAUCUAAUGUCUGUAAUAAGAAAUGGUUUGAUAAAGAAUGCCGUUUAAAAAGACAUUCAGUUAGGAAACUUGCCAACCAAAAACACCGUGAUCCCCUGAAUAACGAUAUAAGAAACGAAUACCAUUUUGCCCUCAAAAUUUACAAAAACACGUUAAAACGUAAAAAAGAACUUUUUCAUGAAAAAAAACUAGAAGAACUAGAAAGAGUGUCUGAAAAUGACCCAAACUCCUUCUGGAAAGUACUUAAGAACAUGAGUGAUGAACUCGAAGACUUUUCCUUUAAUAAGCCGGAUGUUACAGCCAGCAGUUGGCUAAAUCAUUUUGAAUCUCUGCACACAAAGCACUUAAUAGGCCCUGAACAGAUUAAUAUCUUACAAACGCUUAAAACUCUUGAAAUGGAACCCACAAAUAAUUUACUCGAUGAACCUAUUUCAGAAUACGAAAUUAUCAACGCUGCGAGGAAAUUAAAAAACAACAAAUCCGCGUACUCUGAUAAAAUAAGAAACGAAAUGCUCAAAUACAGUACAAACAUACUGUUACAAGGAUACAAAAAACUUUUUAACCUCAUACUAGAAACUGGUAGCUUCCCAGAUCAAUGGUGUGAAGGUCUGAUUACGCCAAUCUUUAAGUCUGGUGAUAAAACUAACCCCAACAACUACAGAGGAAUUUGUGUGACAAGCUGUUUCAGCAAAUUCUUCUGUAUUAUCCUUAAUGACCGCCUAAGCAAUUUUAGUUACCAACAAAGCUUAAUACAUCCAUCGCAAAUUGGAUUUCAGUCUGGUCACCGAACUGCAGACCAUAUUUUUACUUUGAAAACACUAAUUGACAAACAAGUAGAACAAAACAAAGGUAAAAUUUAUGCAUGUUUCGUGGAUUUUAAAAAAGCCUUUGACUCUAUUUGGCACGAAGGUCUUUUUUUGAAAUUACUUGAAAAUAAAAUUGAUGGUCAGUUUUACAGUCUUAUUAAGAGUAUUUAUUCUAACUCGAAAUGUGCAAUCAAACAAAACAACAUCAGAACCGAUUUUUUCACUUAUUCUAAAGGUGUACGUCAAGGAUGUAUACUAAGCCCCCUUCUUUUCAAUAUUUAUAUAAAUGAAAUAACGACCUUAUUUAAAAACACCAAUUCGGACCCAUUUAUACUGCCAAACGGAACAGAACUGAGCUGUCUUCUUUACGCAGAUGAUCUAAUUAUACUAUCUAAAUCAAAAUUCGGCCUCCAGAAGUGUCUGGAUAAACUCCAUAGCUGGAGUAAGAAGUGGCUAAUGGAGGUAAACCUAAAGAAAACCCAAAUUAUGAUUUUUGAAAAAAGGAAAACAAAAAAAGCGAAGCCAAUUUUCACACUAGGAAAUGAAAAGAUAUCUGUUGUACAGGAAUACUGUUACCUAGGCAUAAAGCUUAAUCACAAUGGUAAUUUUUCCUUGGCCAUCAAACAGCUGAGUGAAAAAGCCCUGCAUGCGCUCUAUAGCAUCAGAAGACGGCUCAACCUACACCAACUUAACCCCAAAUCUGCUAUUAAAAUUUUCGACAGCAUAAUUUGCCCCAUUCUUCUGUACAAUGCAGAAGUUUGGGGUGUAUAUAUCAAAAACGAUUUUAUCAAUUGGGAUAAACUGCCGGUUGAAAAAGUACACUUAAAAUUCUGUAAGCUCUACCUAGGCGUUGGCAGAAAGACGAGUAAUAUCGCCUCAAGAAGCGAACUUGGAAAAUAUCCAUUAAUUAUCAAUGUAUUCAAAAGAAUCUUCAAGUACGUCACUCAUCUUAAUUCACUUCCUGAAACAACCAUUUCAAAACAAGCUUUCCUCAUAUCAAAAGAUUUAUUUAUUAAAAAGAGCAAUUCUUUCUAUGGAAAAGCAAUGGAUAUAGUGAAAACCUUGAAUUGUAAUAGAGCAAUCCCUGACCUAGAUUCACUUACAACCAAUCUAGUUGAAUCAUGCGUUAAAGAUACUAAAGAAAACUACCAGAGAUUCUGGAGACAUAAACUUGAAAACUCAUCCAAACUUACCUUCUACACAAGCAUAAAGGAAGACUAUGAGCUUGAAACUUAUUUGACUACCAUAACUAAUUCAAACCAAAGAAAACAUUUAACACAGCUCCGACUAAGUAACCAUAAACUAAUGAUUGAACUCGGUAGAUACGAAAACAUUCCGCGAGAAGACCGAAUAUGCAAGGUCUGCCAGGCAGGAGAAAUUGAAACGGAACAUCACUUCCUAACAUCCUGUGAAGCCUAUAGUAGUCUCCGAGAAAACUUUUUAAAUGACUUGGAAAGUGAUCCCACCAAUGAAACAGAUUUAAACGAACACAGUUUAUCAGUUGAGAUAAUGAAAUCAACUGAUAAAGAAACCGUGAUAAAAUUAUCAAAAUUUAUCUCUUUAUGUUUUGAGAAGAGAUCUAAAUGCCUUGAAGCUCGGAAUGCUGACAGUCAAUAG